GCGAGCAGCCCUCGGCUGCGGCUUCCUCCCCACACCCGAGUCUCCUGCGCACCGCCGACCAGGACGCCAGCGGCAGCCGCGUCCCAGCACGCCGUGGCGCACCGGGCCUCCCCGCAGACCCCAGAACAAUCAAUCAUGACGACCGAAUCAGGAUCAGACUCGGAAUCCAAGGCUGACCAAGAGGCCGAGCGUCAGGAGGCGGCGGGUCCGCAGGGGCGCGCCGGGGCGCAGCCCGGACCAGAGCUACCCAGUGAAGAGCAGCAGGCAUUGGAGCAGUUUGAGGAGGCCGCAGCGCACAGCACCCCAGUGCGGAAGGAGGUCACUGACAAGGAGCAGGAGUUUGCUGCCGCAGCUGCAAAACAGCUCGAAUAUCAGCAGUUUGAAGACGAUAAGCUUUCCCAGAGAUCAUCUAGCAGUAAACUCUCUCGGUCUCCGUUAAAGAUCGUCAAGAAGCCUAAAAGCAUGCAGUGCAAAGUGGUACUUCUGGAUGGGUCGGAAUACACCUGUGAGGUGGAGAAACGGUCCAGGGGGCAAGUGCUGUUUGACAAAGUGUGCGAACACCUGAACCUGCUAGAAAAAGACUACUUUGGCCUUACGUACCGAGAUGCUGAAAACCAGAAGAAUUGGUUGGACCCUGCGAAGGAAAUUAAAAAACAGAUUCGAAGUGGUGCUUGGCACUUUUCAUUUAAUGUGAAAUUUUACCCACCAGACCCUGCCCAGCUGUCGGAAGAUAUCACCAGGUACUACCUCUGCUUACAGUUGCGUGAUGACAUCGUGUCUGGAAGGCUGCCCUGCUCUUUUGUGACCCUUGCCCUGCUGGGCUCCUACACUGUCCAGUCAGAACUCGGAGACUAUGACCCAGACGAAUGCGGGAACGAUUACAUUAGCGAGUUCCGCUUUGCACCGAACCACACGAAAGAACUGGAAGAUAAAGUAAUCGAAUUGCACAAGAGCCACAGAGGAAUGACACCGGCUGAAGCAGAGAUGCAUUUUUUGGAAAAUGCCAAGAAACUCUCCAUGUAUGGGGUGGAUUUACAUCAUGCCAAGGAUUCAGAAGGAGUAGAAAUUAUGUUAGGAGUUUGUGCAAGUGGUCUAUUGAUAUAUCGUGACCGGCUGCGAAUAAAUCGGUUUGCCUGGCCCAAGGUUCUCAAAAUUUCAUACAAACGGAACAAUUUUUACAUUAAGAUCCGGCCGGGAGAGUUUGAACAGUUUGAAAGUACCAUUGGGUUUAAGCUGCCAAACCACCGAGCUGCCAAGCGUUUAUGGAAAGUGUGUGUUGAGCAUCACACGUUUUUCAGACUGUUAUUACCAGAAGCACCUCCAAAGAAAUUCCUGACCCUGGGCUCAAAGUUCCGGUACAGUGGCAGAACGCAAGCCCAAACAAGAAGGGCCAGUGCGUUGAUAGAUCGUCCAGCGCCUUACUUUGAACGCUCAUCCAGCAAACGCUAUACCAUGUCUCGCAGCCUGGAUGGAGCAUCAGUGAAUGAAAACCAUGAAAUAUACAUGAAGGAUUCUGUGUCUGCUGCAGAGGUUGGUACUGGCCAGUACGCCACAACAAAGGGCAUCUCUCAGACCAACUUGAUCACCACUGUGACUCCAGAGAAAAAGGCAGAGGAGGAGCGCGAUGAGGAAGACAACGGACGGAGGAAGGCUGAAGAAGCCACGCCCGCCACGGCGGUCCGGCCCGAGGGAAAGACGGACAGUGAGCGGACGGACACGGCCGCUGACGGAGAGACCACGGCCACUGAGAAUAGUCUGAUUAAGCGAAUAAAGGGUGAAAAUGUGUAUGUCAAACAUAGUAAUCUUAUGUUAGAGGAGUUAGAUAAAACUCAAGAUGAACUGAUGAAACAUCAAACGAACAUCAGUGAGCUGAAGAGAACCUUCCUAGAAACCUCGACAGACACUGCCGUAACCAAUGAGUGGGAAAAGAGACUUUCUACCUCCCCCGUGCGACUGGCCGCCAGGCAAGAGGACGCGCCCAUGAUUGAGCCACUUGUGCCCGAAGAGACCAAAGAAGAAAGAGAGGUUUCUGAAAAAGUUAUAUUUUUGCAACAAGGAAGCUCUCCAUUCUUUGAGUCUCAGCCAAGUAUGAUAAAGGAAACGCAGGAAGGCGCCUCUGCUCACUCUGUGGUUACCUCUCGUCAAGUAACUUUCCAGAAAACUCUCCCAGCGACCCUAGAGGGCACAGAGGAUUGGGUUAUUGUAGACAAAAUACCCACUGAGGUAGUUGAUGGUGAUUUGAAAAAGAUUGUGACUUACAAGGUGGUGACCGUGAGCAGUAGAACCGGUGACAUCCCAGCCGACAUGUUAAAAUCUAGCACUCUAGAAAUGCAUGGCUUCGAUGAUUUGGCCCGAGAAAUGCACCUGAAGGAAGAGGGCAAGCAGAAGAUAUACACGCUGGGCAAGUCCUACGACACUGUGUCCGGAAGAGUUGUGACUAUGACUGGGAAAACUGAGGAGGGAGAAGCGGCAGUGCAGCCCUCCAUGCUGGAGGCGCUUCAGAAGAUGGAGAGGGGCUCGUCAGAGACGGGGAAGAUGCUGUCCUCCGGCUUGGCGGAAUACGAGGUCCUGGAAGCCCUUGCCGAGGAGAAGCCAAAACGAGGACCUGAGGUCCAGGUGACAAAACGCAAGCUGUCCGAGUCCCUGGCACCCAUCAAGGAAGCCGAGUCUCGUCGGCAGAGCCCUGAAGAUGAGGACGCCAAGAAGGCUCCGGAGCCGGGAAGGGAACCCGCGAGCCGCACUGGCCCUGAGAGCCUGCAGUUUGGCAAAAUGGAGCAGGUGCAAGACAGUGAGGUCUUAAAGGUGGGCCUCUUUGGUCCCCGAAGGAAGAGCCUGUCCGAGUGGAGAUACUCCCAGGAGCCGACCUUGACCGUGGCUACUGCUCACUACCUAACCGAGUCGUCCACGUCCCGCGUGGCGACUAAGCAGUCCUCCAGUGAGAAGCUCAUGGAUGGUUCUGAGAUCCUCAGUUUGUUAGAGUCUGCGCGAAAGCCAACAGAGUUCAUAGGAGGGGUUACUUCCACUGCUCAGAGCUGGGUUCAGAAAACCGACACCAAGCCAGAGAGCAGCGAGGCGGAGAGCACCACACAGCAGCAGCUGCUGGGCACAGAGAAGGUGGUGCAGGAGACGGUGCUGGUGGAGGAGAGGCGGGUGAUGAACGUGCAUGCCAGCGGGGAUGCCUCCUCUGCAGCCGGCGAGGAAGCCGAGGCCGCCACCCAGCCCUGCCCCCCAGACACGCCCAGCGGGAAGGCCAAGGAGGGCUUGGCUGUGUCCCAGCAGGCCAAGGAGGAAAGAGGGGAGGAGGCGGAGAAAACAGAGCGGGAAGAGGCAGGUGCCAGGUCCCAAGAGCGAGAGGAGGAGCAGAGUGCGGCUAUCCACGUCUCGGAAACUUUGGAACAGAAACCUCACUUUGAGUCGUCCACUGUGAAGACGGAGACCAUCAGCUUUGACAGUGUUUCCUCAGGGGGAGUGAAGCUGGAAUUCUCUGCUAAAGAGGUACCAGUAGUUCACACAGAAACAAAAACCAUCACGUAUGAGUCCUCACAGGUCGACCCUGGCGCUGACCUGGAGCCAGGCGUGCUGAUGAGCGCACAGACGAUCACAUCUGAGACCACCAGCACCACCACCACCACGCACAUCACCAAAACUGUGAAAGGAGGCAUCUCAGAGACGAGGAUUGAGAAGCGAAUAGUCAUCACAGGGGACGCGGACAUUGACCAUGACCAGGCGCUGGCUCAGGCAAUUAAAGAGGCCAAAGAGCAGCACCCUGACAUGUCAGUGACCAAAGUAGUGGUUCAUAAAGAGACAGAGAUCACACCUGAAGAUGGAGAGGAUUGACCCAGGAAUAACUUAGCUUGCACGUGAAUCCAGUCACACAAACUGUUAGGAAAACCAGAGCAUCUGUGGAGUUGCCUCUUCUAACCCAACUGACUCGCCUCUGUCCGUGGAAAAUGUCAAUCCAGAAGAACUGACCUUGACCGUUAACAAAGACUGGCAGAGAGAUCUUCCCAUAAUAAAGCAAUCUGAAUCAGCGUCACUAAACUGAUAUUGCAUGAAGCAACGAUAAAAUUGCAAAAGAGCACCAUUUUUAAUUUUCACACAACGUCUCAGUUUUCUGCUAUACCUGCACGUUCAUAACCCACAAAUAUAAUCCGUGAUCUCAUGUAACACAUAAAUGAUCCAUGCCUUUCAUAGUUUAUGAUUAUUCAAGUCUCCACAAAAUUACAGUUUCUUAGGUGACAAAGCUGUUGUUUACAGAUGCGUGAAGAUUUCUGUCUAGGUCCGGUGUGUCUGAUUUACCCCAGAUUAGAUGUGCCAAGAACAGAAUUUAUUCAGUAAACAACUUGAAUCUUGUCCUGUUUCCUCUGGUUUUAUUCUUCUCACCCAUAAUCAGUAAUGACUCUCUGAUC